GCCGGGGCCGCCCCGCCCCGCGCCCGCCUGUGACCGGCCCGGCCGCGCCGCUGCCAGCCGCGCCAUGCCGCUUUUCAGCGUGCCCAAAGAAGUGGCCGUCGGCACGGCCAUGCUGGGGGUCGCCUUCGCCACGGGGAUGCUCGCAGGUAAAAAGUACCCUUCUUUAGGUUUUGGGACACCCAAAUCAUCUAAGAGUAUUAUUGGGAAAAGCAGUCCACUCUGGCAAUACAUACUGGAUCACUCUUUGCGGGAACAUCCAAUUUUAAAGAAGCUACGACUGCUCACUGCUGAUCAUCCCUGGAGUAAAAUGAUGGUGUCCUGUGACCAGGCUCAGCUUAUGGCAAAUUUGGUCAAACUCAUUAAAGCCAAGAAAGUUAUUGAAAUAGGUGUUUUCACCGGUUAUAAUACCUUGAAUAUGGCACUUGUCCUGCCAGAUAAUGGCAGAGUUAUUGCUUGUGAUAUAAAUGAGGACUAUGUCAAAAUUGGAAAGCCGCUGUGGAAGGAGGCAGGAGUAGAGCAUAAAAUUGACCUGCGAAUUAAGCCAGCAAUUCAAACACUUGAUGAGCUGCUGGCCAGUGGAGAAGCAGAAAGCUUUGACUUUGCUUUCAUUGAUGCGGAUAAAGAAAGCUGCAAUGAAUACUACGAAAAAUGUUUGCGCCUCAUAAAGAAAGGAGGAAUAAUAGCUAUUGAUAAUGUCCUUUGGGGUGGAAAGGUGCUAAAACCAAGAAAGGAUGACUUGGCAACCCAGAGCAUCCACCACCUCAAUGAGAAACUUCUCAGAGAUGCACGAGUCAAUAUCAGCAUGCUCCCAAUGGGGGAUGGAGUCACAUUAGCAUUCAAGUUGUAAUUGGAGGAAGCCCAGCAGAUGGGAAACAACAAGCUGCAUCAAAUCAUCAGGAAAAAUGCAGGCAGAGCAGUACCAAAAAUGGUCAUUUAACCUGUAUCUCCACUGGAUGGCAUAGCCUGGGAAAGUAGACUUUAGGUGCAGCAGGAUCCUCGGGACAACCAAGUUCAGAAGGUAGACUUAUUUUGACAUCUACUAUGGUUUCUUAUUUUAAUUGCAAUAAAGCAAAUUAACUUAA